AUGUUUAGAUCUGUACUAGCAGUAAUAAGCAUUAUUUGUAUUGAAUUAUGUACCGGUGCUGUGCCCUGGGAACCAGUGCCCACGGCCAAUGGGGCCUUACACAUCCAGUUACUCCUUCAGACAAACCUAAACCGGGCUAAUAUUAGGGCCUUUCUUAUUGGCUCAUCCGGCGUACAAUUUUGGCAAAAUGAAGGCAAUGAUGUCAGUUAUGGUCACUUGUGGGACACCUAUUACUUAUCUAAUGGGAUAUACAAUUAUGGUGUGGGAGGAGAUACCACAUCUAACGUGUUGUGGAGAAUACAGAAUUAUGAGCUAGAUGGCAUAAAUCCUAAAGUUUUUGUGGUUGGAUUGGACCCGGCGUUUAACACCAUGUUUUAUAAUAAGCCCUCCCCAUCAGCCUAUGAUGUUUAUAGAGGACUGGUAGAGAUCAUCAAUGAAUUGAGGAUAAAGUUCCCCAACAGUAAAGUACUGAUAAUAGGCUUCCCGUACAGCGACCCCAGUAUUAAUGAAAGGUCACAACAAAUCAAUUCUCAAUUCAAGAGUAUUGUCGACGGAAUUAAUAUAAUGUUCAUCGACUUGACACCAGUGCUGACCAAUAGUAAUGGACAACUGAACCUGGAUUAUUUCAAAGAUGACCAUGUUCACCUUAAUUCUCUGGGUUUAGAGUUAACAAAAAUAAUGUUCAAAUUAAUUGUAUUGACAAUAAUAUGUGUGAACGUAUGCGGGGCUGAUGUCCAGCCCUGGGAACCCCAACCGGGAAAUGAGGGUUGGCUACAGAGACACAAACAGUUGCAGAAAUACACUGAAGACAAUAAAAGCAAAAUCAAAGCCUUUUUUAUCGGCGCCUCCAUUACGGAUAACUGGCACUCGGAUGGCAAAGAGGUUUGGGACUCUUAUUUCGCACCCAAAGGGGCCGCCAAUUAUGGUAUAGGAGGCGACACCACAUCUAAUGUGUUGUGGAGAAUACAGAAUAAGGAAAUCGAUGGACUCAACCCCAAAGUGAUUGUCAUGUCUUGUGGGCCCGGUUACAACACAAUGAACAAAAACCCUUCUCCUUCAGGACCCGACAUAUUGCGAGCCGAGGAGGAGAUAAUCAAAGAAUUGAGGGCUAAAUUCCCGACCAGUAAAGUGAUAAUCAUAGGACACACCCCUUAUAUCAUUGAAAGUAUUAGUGAGAGAUCCAAACAAAUCAAUGUCGACCUCAAGAAGUUUGCCGACGAAAAGGAUGUAUUUUUCAUGGAUUUAUCACCACAUAUGGUGGACAGUAAGGGUCAACAACUGCCACAACUCUUUAAGUCGGAUCACUUGCACUUCACUCCCGAGGGAUACAAAGUGUGGCAACAAGUCAUGGGUCCACUGUUUGAACGACUUAUGAAAUAA